CUGGGAUAAAGUAACAGCACUGGGACAGCAAAGCAAAGCCUAGCACGAAACUUCCUGGAAGCCUGGUUUUUAACCACUGGUAUGAUAAACAAACAGCUAUACAGCACUGAAGAUGAAGAAGGGAGAUGAAACGAAAACCAGUCAGCUCAGUGAAGCAACCAACAACUCCAAAUAUGACGGGUGACUAGCUACCAUCCUCAUGCCAACCUACAGGGGGUGGGCAAAUUGCCCUCCUAUCUGCCCGGCCUUAAGCCUACUGAGCUGCUAUAUAAAUGCAAGUUGUGAAAGGCCGCACUGGGCGCUACACUCUAAAGGAAAAGUGGAAGGACAUUGAAAGGCAUUUCACACCAGAUGAGAAACUCUUGCCAUCCCUCAGUAAGUGGGGCCAACAAACGAAAGACGUUCAGCUGAUACUAAACCGCACCGGGCCUUCCCUCAACCUGCAGCCUGUGUCAGAGAAGCACAGAAGGCCAGAGAGGAGUGUUCACAGACAGAGCCUCCCUCCGUUAGCAAAACUACGGAGUAAAAGUGACAAAAACAGUCAUGUGAAGGAAGCCAAGAGAAAGUCCCUAAAUUUUGCUGAAGGGGCUCGAGAGUGGCUGGGAUUGUUUGGGAAGAGCAAGGAAGGAAAGGUCAAGGGCAAAGACCCUGGGCCUGAGAAGAAGGCCUCAAAUUCUGACCAACAUCUGGGAGAGGAGCUGAACCAGCUGCUGCAGCAUCAGCAACAGAAGCUGACAAGUAUCCAAGCUGAGCUGGAGGCGAGUGAAAUGGAAAUCGCAAAGCUACAGGAAGACAAUGAGCCAAACACCCACGAGGAGAUCAUCAGGCUCCAGGAGCUGAUAGGUGAGAGGAGCACGGAGGCAGAGGAGGUGGAAUUCUGGGAGAAUGAACUGAAAGCCGAGCAGCUCCAUGGGGCAGAGCUCCGGGAGCAGCUGGAAGAAAUGAAGGAGAAACUGGAGGAGUGCGAGGAGAAACUGAGGGACUGCCUGCUGAAAGCCCAGGACCUGGAGACUGAUCUAGAGAUUGUCAGGUCUCAGAGGGAAUGGCAAGAGGCCAAAUCCUGCCAUGACAUCAGGAUCAAGGUAGAGGAACUGAAAGAGGAAAUAACUGUUAAAUCUCAGGAAGCUGUACGACUGGAGCAGGAUGUAAGGCUGGUGGAGAAGGUCAUUGACAGGGUGGAAAAUGAAAUUCAGAGGAAAUGCUGUGAGCUGGAAGAUUUGACAAGAGAGCUACGACAAGCAAACCUGCUCCAGUUCAUUCAGCAGACAGGGACAAAGGUCAGCAUUCUCCCAGCCCAGGAGGGACCCACUCAGGUUAUUGAAUCUCGGCUCCAUCAAAACUCUCCCGAAUAUGAAAUGCUUCCUGCCAAAGCCAAGAUUCUCCAGUAUUUAAUGGUCUCCAGUUUUAACCAAGAAGGGAUCUACGUAUAACUUUCAUUUUAUUCCGUUCUGGACUCAUACGAGUAAAACAGAUCACUCCAACACAUGCAUAGCCUGUGCUAGCAGGCUUGGUUCUGAGUUGAUAAGUAUCAGGCAAAUAGGAAGCAUCAGUGGACCAUUGGAAACAUUAGAAGGGGGUCAUGAUUCUUGCUUUAAGGCUUCUGCCACAUGAAGGUAACCUGCAUCCAGUUGCAUCUUGUAUUUGGAUGUUGCUGUUGGUCUGGACACACUAAUAGCAUGGGGGCAUUAUCCUAAUGCAGUUCAGUCACAUCCAGAAAGACAUGGUUAUAACACUGAGAAUGAAUCUGAACAUAUCACUUAUAGUAUUGAAGCUGGUACAAUUCAUUUGUCAUCAAUGACAGUACAAAGACUGUGUUCUGUACUGGGUCGACUACAGCAAUAAAUUGUAUUUAUAAAAUGACAUUAAUUAAAUAAAAUGUACUUAAGCAUUUUGGCCCAAAGAAGCUGAAAGCAUGGUCACCAAUAGUGGAAAAAUUAGAAUCAGGGAGCUCAAGGGGUCAGAUUGAAAUGAAUGCUGAUAUCCAAAGGGUUAAAGAGAAGAUUACAAAAAUAAAGAGCGGCAUCCACCGAGCACAGUGCACAGAUUACAUGCUGUGCAUUUGACUAUUAAGUAAUUCUACAGUGCAUUUACAUCUGGAACUAUGUAUACCUUGUUAGUCCAUUGGGUCCUCUAACUUGUAUUUAUAAAAAGAUAAACAUUACGUUAUUGCAUUAA